AUGUCUGGAUUGUAUUUCAAUCGCUCAUACUUUACACCUGAAAUUCUAGAACAAUUUGUUUGCAAGCCAUCUGCCCCAUUUUGUCCCUCAACUCAAUCGCCAAUUGAAUCUUCAAAUGAUUUAGGAAUCCCAUUUUUUGUUCCACUUUUCAUCAUAAUUUUUGAUUUUCUGGUGCAAUUCGCCAAUGUUUUAUUGAUUAUCCUCAAAAAAUAUCUGAAAAACAGCUCAUUUUUUGCGAUGUUGUCAGUCAUGUCCAUCUCAAUUUUGAUCCGAUGCAUGUGUUAUUUCAUCUCCGCAUAUCUCACAGUAACAGAGUCAAAAUUAUCACCUCUAUGGCUUGAAAUUUCAAUGUAUUUGGAGUUUAUCUCGGGAUAUUUCUCGAAAUUAAUCAUGUUUUUUAUGUCACUCAAUCGAUGUUUGUGUUUUGUUUCGAAAAAUUGGAAUGAGAUGAUUUUUGAGGGGUUUGUUCAAAUAUUUUGCCUGAACUCACCCAUUUAAUUUUUCCAGGAAUCAUUAUCUUUUCCCUAUUUUUAUCACAAUUAUUCUAUCGAUUUCAGCAUCAAUUUUAAGCAUAAAAACUGCUGAAAUUUACAGAAUUUAUGAUAAAUCUGCAGGUUUUGUCAAUAUUAGUUCUUCUGAAUUCGGCUGGGAAAAUGUGAUCGCUCGAUUAUUCUACGCAUUUCCAAUUCUGGCUACUAUUUCAUAUCUGAUUCUAUUCCUUCAUCUGAAAAAACAAUCGAAAUUAGUUUUUUCAAAAAAUUCACAAAAAGGCGAGCAGAAAGUGUUUACACAAUUAUUGAUCACCGUAGUGUUUUCUGGAAUUAUUUUAUUCUGUUUCGAGAUAUUGAAUAUUUUUGCGGAAAAGUUGGAAUUCUAUUUUCGAAUUUCAUUGAUUAUUUUAUUGAAUGUGGCCAACUUCAUACCUGAAAUUUUAUUGCCAUUGAUUUUCUUGAUUUCGAAUUCGGAAAUUUGUACGAGGAGAAAAGUUGAAGAUCAGAAAAAUAUUGCUCCAAGAUCUAGUACCACAGCUUCAGUUCCUUAA